UCAUGUGACUAGACAAACCUGAUAUUCUGAUUAUAGAUGUGAGUUUAAGGUGUGGUCUUGUUUCUGAGCGCAGUAAAGAUGAAGUGAACUUGGGUGUCAGUCUGGCAGAUUUCUAUAAUAUAGGAUUUUGUUAUCUUUUUUUUUCUUUCUUUUCUUAAAGUUAUAUUUUACUUAUUGUUUUGGAUAACACACGCAAGAAUGCUGAAACAAGAGUUGAGAGCAGUGCUGAUUGGAAAGCAACACAGUGGGAAAACCUCGGUGAUCAACACUAUACUGGAAACCAGAACAGAAGCUGAAGGAGAUGAGGAUGUGAAGAGAGAGGGGAUUAUUUAUGACAGGAGAGUCAGUCUUGUUGAAAUUCCUGGCUGGUGGAUAACCUACGAUCCAAUAGAUUAUUCCAAUCUCUUCAAACUGCAGCUCAUUCGUAGGAGUUUUCUGAUUUCUCCCGGACCUCAUGCGGUUUUGAUUGUGAUUCGGGCCGAUUCUGUAUUUACUGACCCUGACGGGAGAUUUAUGGAGGAGCAUGUGGAGCUUCUGGGUCCAAAUGUCUGGCCUCACACCCUCGUCAUCUUCACAAGAGGAGAUUUAAUGAAACCAGAAGACAUAGAGCAGAAUAUUCAGAAGGAGGGGUCAGCGCUCAAGCGGCUUAUUGAAAAAUGUGAAAAUAAAUAUCAUGUUUUUAAUAAUUCAAACCAUCACGACCGAACCCAAGUUGAAGAGCUGUUCAAUAAAAUCGAAGGAAUUGUUCAGAAGAAUAACGGCAAGCACUUUGACAUUGAUCCGAAGAAAGUAAAGGAAGUCAAUGAGCAGUGGGAGGAAAUUCAGACCAGAGCAUAUUCUAGAAAAUCCAGAGUACAAAAGGAACGGUCAAUAGUUAAAGAAAAAGCAUGUGUGCGUCGUCUUGAGGAGAUCAGAGUUGUUUUGCUGGGAUGGGUUCUUGGUGGAAAGAGUUCAGCUGGAAACACCAUCUUGAACCAAGAUGAAUUUGCGAUAGGAGGAAAAACCAGAGAAUGUACAAGAAAGUUUGGAGAUGUAGACGGAAGGAAGAUUACUGUUUUGGACACUCCAGGCUGGUGGAAGUACUUCGCAUCUGAUCUCAACCCAGAUUUCAUUAGAUCUGCGAUCAUAGAAAGCGUUUCAGAGUGUAAGAAGUUCCCUCCUGCCAUGCUGCUCGUGAUUCCAGCAGAUACAGCAUUUCAGGAAGAACAAAAGAGAAUCAUUGAGCAAAAUAUGUUUAUCCUGGGAGACGACAUCUGGAGGCACACAAUAGUUUUGUUCACGUGGGGCGAUAGAUUUAAAAACAUCUCAAUCGAGCAGCACAUUGAGAGUGAAGGUGAAGCUCUUCAGUGGCUGAUUGAGAAAUGCAGGAACAGAUAUCAUGUCUUUGACAACACAGACAAGAAGAAUCGAGAUCAAGUCACAGAGCUGCUCCAGAAGAUUGAUGAGAUGGCAGCAGAAAACAGUCUAUUCCAUCUCAACACAAAGAAAAACUGUGAUUCAGAAACAAGCCAUCAGAGAAAUGACACAGACGAGGAUCUGAAUAUACAGAUCAGACUGAAGGAUAUCAGCCACUUUCUGGAUGAGGGAUUUAAGAGAAAAGCUGAAGAGAUAAGAAGGAAGAUAGAAAAGUUAUGCUUGGAUAUCUUGGAUCUAAACCUUCAGGACUCUCAGAGUAUGAAUUAUCCUAUUGACUUGGAUCAAGAUAAACCUCCUGAUUCUCACAGACCAUUACAAGUGACCAGUGCCCCUCAAAAGGACAACAUGCCAGAGCCGAUUAAAACUCUCAUGGAGAGAGAGUUCAGCAGAUGGGAAAGCCUCAUCAUAGAUGGUGUUCAGGAAAGUCUCCAGGACAUUAAAUCAUCAUUUGAUCUCUCUCAGGCUGAGAAGAGGAAAAAGUCAGAGGAUGCUGUUGAGAGAUGGCUACAGAACUACAACCAUUAUGUUCAACAUACUAUUGAUAAAAUACAAGAUACAGAAUCAGGGAUCAGGCCAAAGAGAAGGAAGCUAUAUUAAUAUUUCUGACUCAUUUCACCUUUUUACUAAAAUAGAAAGCGCACCAUGUGUAAAUAUGUUUUAAUACAAAGACCCUUUGUAUGUGGUUAUGCCAAGAACUCAGGGGCCCGUCUCACAAAGGAGGUUAAGUGAAAACUCUGAGUAUGUUAACCCUGAAAUGAGGGAAACUCUAGGUUUUCUGUUUCAGAAUGGGAGGUUUGUCAAACCUGAGAAAGCAGGGUAAAUCAAGCCCGUUUCUGAAAGAGAGCUAACUUAUACUCACAGUCAGUUACCUAUGAACCAAACCUGGUCAGGAGCAGGUUUCUUCGGUAAACCCAGAGUUUCUUUCGGUCUCCUCCCCCUUUUUAAACACUUCAUUGAUGCAUGCUAGAAAGACAAAUAUCCGACAAAUAUUAGCACUCCAUUGAUAAUGGCUUUUUUUUAGUUGUGGUGCACGCGCUUAACUCACAGUCAGUCAAUUUAGAGUUGAUUAAACCAAUUCAUUUCAGCUGUUCUGUUACAGAAACCCAUCGCAGGUUAAGUCAAGUCAGGGUUCAAGUUUAAACUCAGAGUUGGUUGAACCUCCUUAGUGAAACGGGCUCCAGGUAACAUACUGAGAAUCAGAUAUUUAUCUUUCACAUGCAUUCAUUAACGCAUUCAUUAACGCAUGCAAUUCAGUACUGAUAAAGUCACAAUUUAAUUUCAAAAAUUUUAUACAGGCAAACCAAGACCUCUUUUAUCAGAAGUGCUGUUAAUAAAGCUUGUUGCUGUUUGAGCUGUAA